AUGACUGAAGAUUCACUUGUCUAUGUCUUCCCACUCCGUUAUACACCAGCCACCCUGGGCAGCAGCCCCAUUGUUCGGACUGGAGAAGUGGUGGUCUGGGUUGAGUGCCACUAUCAAAGAAAGCAUGAUGUGAGCAGCGGUUCAGAGAAGCCCACCUGGAAUCCCUAUGCCUCCACUAAGGUUGCAGAGGAGCUCCUCUACUUCUCCCUGAGGAUAAUGACUGACAACUGGCAGUUGGAGAGACCCAGCAAAGAGUACGUCCUUGGAGAUAAUAUUAACUUUGAAGCUUCUGUUGUCCAGUUCUACCAUGUGCCACUCCGAGUCUUUGUGGACAACUGUGUAGCCACAGUCAUCCCAAAAACCAACACUGUCCCAAGAUAUGCCUUCAUCGAGAACCGUGGUUGUCUGGUCGACACCAAGCUGACAGGAUCCAGGUCCCAGUUCAUACCUCGCACCAUGGAUGACACGCUCCAGUUCCAGAUCGAAGCCUUUAGGUUUCAUGUUGUGAACACUGGCUCACUAUACAUUACCUGCCUCCUGAAAGCCACAACCGCUUCAUCCCCUAUUGAUCAUGAGAACAAGGCUUGUUCCUUCUCAAAUGGAUGGCGCGAGGCCAAUAAGAAAGACCAGGUGUGUGGCUGUUGUGACACAGACUGUGGCAUGAGAAGGGAACCGGAUCCAGAUUUCCGGUGGGAGCAAGAAGCGUCUAUUGGUCCUCUCAACAUCAAAGAAAAGCUUCUUGACUGAUGGCCUAUUUAAUCAUUUGGACUGACAUUCCUGUUGAACAAACACAUUAUGGAGGAUUAAAAAAAAUAUGGAUUUU